CUAAUCGAUAAAAGUUUGUUAUGUUAUGAGGCGAAAAUGAGUAACUCUGAGGAUAGCGGAAGUAAAUGUUCUCCCGCCCCAAUCUCCAGCUUUACCAUCCAGUCAAUAUUGGGCACGCCGUCCGAAAGUGCUCGCUCUGCGGGGAAGGAGAGCUGCAAGCCACCGCAGCCGAGGAAACGCACCCUCUCGGUGUCAUCGGAAGAGGAAUGCAGCGGAGGGGAAGACUGCUUCUGCUCAGACCCAGGUCUACCUGAGACAUGCAACCGACACCAACCCCUCAGCUUCCCCUGUCUCGGUGCUACAAAAGGACUAAUAUCUGGCCAAGAAGGCUUGGAGAGGCGGCCGCAUUUAACGCAACCCCUGCUGCAGGAUUAUCGAGACGAACAGGAGGGGACAUGCAGUCAAAUGUCGCCCAUGUCCGAGGACAGACAGAGAGAUGGGUCGGACAAAGCGAACGGCGCUGCCAAGAAGAAGACGCGCACGGUGUUCUCCCGGAGUCAGGUGUACCAGCUGGAGUCGACGUUUGAUAUGAAACGCUAUUUGAGCAGCUCCGAGCGGGCCUGUCUCGCCUCCAGCCUUCAGUUAACGGAAACUCAGGUGAAGACGUGGUUUCAGAACCGGAGGAACAAAUGGAAGCGACAACUCUCUGCGGAAUUGGAAGCCGCAAACAUGGCGCACGCCUCGGCGCAGACUCUAGUUGGAAUGCCGCUAGUUUUCAGAGAGAAUUCGUUACUCAGAGUUCCGGUUCCAAGGUCUAUUGCAUUUCCAACCCCACUGUACUACCCAGGAAGCAGUUUGCCGGCAUUACCUUUGUACAAUCUUUAUAACAAGAUUGACUAUUGACUCCAAACUAAUGCGCAAAAAUCUAUGGGGAAAUAUUAUUUCACAAAACACAAUACAGAACACGUAUAUGUUUGACAUAAUCAUGUCUAUUUAUAUCACUUUAUUUGGUGAAUUUAUAUUUCUUAUGACAAGGCAAUUGUAUGUGUGACAAAGAGGCGAGCUUAUGUAAAUGUAUGAAAUACACCAUGUGUAUAUGAAUUAUUUUGUACCUUUAACCACAGUUUUGUCCCUCGUAAAACCAGUUUUACACGUUAUAUGAGGAAGUCUGACAUUAUAUUGCGCAUUGAAGUACACUCUCCAACAUGAACCCUCUGCAUGUCCCGCUGAUUUUUAAGACAUUAAUGGGAGCAAUGAUCACAUACUCAAUAACAGUCAGUCUUUACGUUAACCAGUUCGGGUGCUGUAUGUAAUGUUAGCAUAUAUCUGCAGGCACUGGUACAAGAUAAAAAAAAACAUCUUUGUUGUAAUCCACUCAUACAAUAAAUUUUCUA